CCACGCCCACCGAGUCAGCGCUACGUGCUUUAAAGAUGGCGGCAUGUGUGAGUGUGGGAUCUGAUGUUUGUAUUAGCCUCAAGUUUGUGAUUUGAAGUUCUGUAUUUAGGCAGACGCUAAACGUCAGGUUUCCGUAGAUCGCUUAGACUCGCGCUCUCCGUCGUUCAGAUGUGUGAGGGCAGAUAGACGGGGAUGUGAUCGCUCACUGCGCUUGGAGAGGUAGAGUUGGUUGACCUGCUAAAACUGACAGCUGUAAUCAGCUAGCUGUUCACGUACACUUAAGGGCAUCGUGCACGAAACCUUCAGCAAAUGUGACCUGUGCUUCCAACACUACGUAGCCAGCGGGUGAUAACCUGCUAGUCAGAACCACAGCCUUAGCAGCUCUAGUCACACGUGUAGAAAGUAAGAUUAGGUGCUUUGCCAUUGUCAGCAGGUGACCUGUCAGUCACUGAAUGCUUCUGGUUCCAUUGACUACAUUAACACCUUACGACCCCAUAUAUAUAUAUAUAUAUAUAUAUAUAAAUCAGUCUUGUGUGUUUAGUUUAGUUGAGUUUACAAUGCUUUUAUUUACUUUGCCAAGCACCUGCAGCAUUUUAAAGCCCGUAAAGCCAUUUGAAUGAAUUUCUCGUGGUAAGUUAGUAGUUUUGCCUGGUGGUCUGGCUCUCUGGACAGGACAGGAUUUAAGCCUUGAAUGACUGAAACUUUUCAUGCUGUAAUUCAUUUUUUGGUUUCUGGUUAUUUUUCCAAUAUUAUUUUGCGGUAGUAGAAUGCUAUCCCGAGCUUUAAGGAAAUCCCUUUCCAAUGGAAAUCCACUAGUGGCGCGUUUCACGGGGAGCUAUUGUAGUCGUCUGUGUUUUCAUCAGACCGCCGCGUGUAAAGUUGCUUCGCAAGCUGAACGUGGCUUCAAACCUGCGAAGGUGGCUGUUGUGACUAAAACCACACGAUAUGAAUUCGAGCAGCAGAGAUAUCGCUAUGCGGGACUGUCGGAGGAGGAUCUCAAACAGCUGCUUGCCCUGAAAGGAUCCAGUUACAAUGGGCUUCUGGAGAGACACAAUAUACACACCUUCAAUGUUGGACAGAUUGUGGACAGCCUACAGAAAGAAGGGAUUGAGGUGCACAUUGUCAAAAGAGGCGAGUAUGAUGAGGACACAGUACGAUGGGCCGAUGCCAUCAUCUCUGCUGGAGGUGAUGGCACCAUGCUACUAGUUGCCAGUAAAGUGUAUGAUAAGAACAAACCUGUAUUGGGGGUCAAUACAGACCCAGAAAGGUCAGAGGGUCACCUGUGUUUACCUGUGCACUAUACACAGGCCUUUUCUGAGGCCUUACAGAAACUCAGGAAGGGUGAGUUCAGGUGGCAGUGGCGUCAGCGCAUCCGUAUGUACUUGGAAGGCACGGGGAUCAACCCAACUCCAGUGGACCUGCAUGAGCUGCAGCUGAGCCUCCAGCAGCACAGCAAGGCGCACCGCGUCACUACAGACACUCAGAGCAGUACAACACACAACAGUCCUGAAAGGCCUCACCUACUGCCUGUCCGAGGGCUCAAUGAGAUCUUCAUUGGGGAGUCCCUGUCCUCCAGGUUGAAGUAUAAAUCCUUCAAACCCCAUCUUACCCUCUCGCUUCAUAGGGCUUCAUACUACGAAAUCUCCAUCGACGACGGGCCGUGGGAGAAGCAGAAGAGCUCAGGGCUUAGCAUUUGCACUGGAACCGGAUCUAAAGCCUGGUCCUACAAUAUUAAUAAGCUUGUCGAGCAGGCAGUGGAGGAUGUCCUCAGAAUAGGUCAAUUAAAAACCGGUUUGGAUGUUCCUCUAAAUCGGGAGUUCAUUGAGAGUGUGACUGAAACAUACAACGAAUCCCUGAUCUUCAGCCCAGAGGAGGACAAACUUUUCUUCAGUAUAAGAGAGCCGAUAGUCAACAGAGUAUUUUCCAAUAGCCGACAAAGAGGUUUUGCCAAAAAGGUUUGUGUCCGCUCAAGGUGUUGGGAUGCCUGCAUGGUGGUGGAUGGUGGGACGUCCUUCGAGUUUAAUGAUGGUGCCAUUGCUACAAUCAGCUUAAAUGAGGAGGACCUGUUGCGAACGGUCAUUCUAGAUGAAAUCCUUUGAUACAUCAAACUCUGUUUAUUGAGGACUGAAUGAUUGUCUUUAAUGCCAGACUUUGACAGCAGGUUCUUUAAGCACUGAAUUUUAAGGGAUGAUGGGGUUUGCAGAGGAAAUGUAGUGUACUGGUAUAUAUAUCAGGAUUUCACACUUAUGUAGUCUGUGCUUAAACGACCUUCUUGGUUGCAGCCUUCAGAAAUAACAAACACUUUUCCCCCAGAUACACCAGCAUUAUAUUGUCACAUCUGUUGGUGUAUAUUUUAGAAAUGUGAUGCAGAUUCAUGCUUAAGCACAUGUACUCAAACUUUUUUUUUUAUUACUUUUGUGCCAAACAUGCACAGAAGUAUUUUGUAAAUGUAGAAAUCAAACAUUUCUGAAACUGCAACCUGAAAAAUAUUUGAUAUUUUAAUGUUUUUGAAGUACACAAUAGGGCAAAAGUUUGGAUGUGGAGUCAAACUCUACUCCAUCAGGUCAAAACAUUGUGCAGGCAGUGGUUUAAAACAUGCCAGAAAUUUGGAAAACCAUUCUCAGGAACUUUGGUUGUUUAAAAUGUCUGCAUUCUUUUUUUUGGGAAAAACUCACAUGGGGAUGGCUU